AUGUCUGGAAGGAGCGAAGCUCCACACCUGAGCCGGAGGAUCAGUGAGUGUAUACCAGAAAUUCGACAAGGUGAUUCCAGCAGCGAGGACGAGUUCAACCGCAAAAUCGAAGUCGUCUUCGAUUCUGACAGUGUCCGCCGCCGCAAAUCUUCGGUCGUCCUCCCUGCGCACCCCGAAGUGGAAAUCCCAUCUAAAUACCAUUUACGACAACCGAAAUCGCAAUGCCUGGUCCACAACCUGGUCGAGAAGACCUCCUUGGGACAACAGCCUAUAGUCGAAUCCAAGCUCGAACAGAUUGACGAGGUUGAUAGAAAGGCGCCGGCCGGGCCUCCAAAUGGGGACAGGACGCGCAGAGAAGAGGUGCGCGCGACAGAAUCCCGGUUGCUUACAAAGAAACAAUUGAGUGAUAUGGCAAUGAGCGUGAGGUCUUUGGCAAAGACACUGUCCAAUCUCAAAGCCAAAUUAAAGAUACGGUCGAUUUUCCUGCUCACCAAGGUGUACGACAAGACCCUAAUUGGCAAAACAAGGGACGUGGUUAAAUGGCUCCUAUCCAAGGAUCGGUCUGUGCCAUAUAUUGUUUAUGUGGAGGAUACGAUGAAGGACAAUAAGAUAUUUGACGCAGAGGGUCUGAUUGCCGAGGACCCUUCGUACAAAGACCGGUUGAAGUACUGGACUGUGGAUCUGGCACGCAAGCACCCGCACACAUUUGACUUUGUCAUCACGCUUGGAGGAGAUGGAACAGUGCUUUAUGCGAGUUGGCUAUUCCAGACCGUGGUUCCCCCGGUGUUGUCCUUUUCUUUGGGUUCAUUGGGGUUCAUGACCAAGUUCGAUUUCGGUGAUUACGAGAGCACACUUACACAGGCGCUCAGGGACGGUGUCACGAUUAGCCUGAGAUUACGAUUCGAAGGCACCGUCAUGCGAUGCUGCCGACGAGAUGAUGAUGCCGAGGUUCGAGAUAUCGUGGAGGAGCUAAUUGGCGAGGAAGCGGACGACCGAAACACACAUAAACCCGACGGGACAUUCGAGAUUCUGAACGAUAUUGUGGUUGACCGAGGGCCGAACCCGACCAUGUCAACCAUUGAACUCUUCGGCGACGAAGAACACUUGACGACCGUCCAAGCCGACGGAAUUUGUGUGGCCACGCCAACUGGCUCCACAGCUUACAAUCUGGCCGCUGGCGGAUCACUGUGCCAUCCUGAAAACCCGGUCAUUCUUGUCACGGCGAUCUGCGCGCACACACUGUCAUUCCGACCCAUCAUCCUGCCUGAUACCAUUGUCCUGAGGUUGGGAGUCCCCUACGAUGCUAGAGCAAACUGUUGGGCGAGUUUCGAUGGACGGGAGAGGAUUGAAUUAUUUCCGGGAGAUUAUGUGACCAUCUCGGCGUCGAGGUAUCCAUUCGCCUGUGUGAUGCCACCCGGCCGACGAAUCGAAGAGUGGGUCAAUAGCAUCUCCAGGACCCUACAAUGGAAUUCAAGGCAACGACAAAAGGCCUUUCAAGAAUGGGAUAGCUCUUCAGAGGCUCCAGGGGGCAAGAGAAAAAACCCGCCCGAGGAGGCCGAGGACAGACUGGAUCACACACGAGGUGGACAGGGCCAUCCUGGAUGGCAUAUAGAUUGA